GCUAGAUAAGACAACCAUGAAGAUGCACGAGGUCGAGGAGCCUCCAGCGGAGAUCACCCGCGACGCCCACCCGGCGCACGCGCUGAGGCUGGUGGCCACCGACGACGGCGCGCCGUUCCGGUGCGACGGGUGCAAGGAGCCCGGCAGCGGCCAGGGGCGGCGGUACAGGUGCGGCCACGGCUGCGACUUCGACCUGCACGUGGCCUGCGCGCUGGCGGGGCCGACUCUGAGGCACCCCCUCUUCGGCGAGGGCCUCGAGUUCCAGCUCCUCCCGGAGGCGCCGCCGCCCGUCGACAAGACGUUCUGCGACGCCUGCGGCCUGCGGGCGCCCGGCCUCGUCUACCACUGCUUCGACAGGGACCUGGACCUCCACCCGACCUGCGCCGCGCUGAAGCCGGAGAGCGCCUUCCCGGGCGGCCACCUGGCCCAGCUCGGCUGGGAGGCCGCCGAGCACCGCUGCGUCGCCUGCGACGCCGCCGCCGCCGCCGCCGGCAAGAGGUUCUGGGCGUACCGCUGGGCCUACGGCGGCACGCACGGGUACCUGCACGUGGCGUGCAUGAAGAAGAUCGCCUUUCAGAGCUGGGAACAGGCCUACCAGGCCAGCGUCGUCGGCGGCGGCCUCGUGGAGGCGAGCGUGCCGACGAUGACAGCCGUGCUGCACAGGAAGCGCACCGACGAAAUUACGGGCGGCGUUAAGAUUAUCGACACCGGCAUACGCGGGCAGUACCUUUCCAGUUCAACUUGGGGUACUUAAAUAAUUGGUACUAUCGCUCUAGUUUAUUACACCCAAAAUACUGCUGGCACAUAAGAGGGCUAGCUGCCUAGCUAUAGUGCCGGCCUGUGAAUCAAGCCAACGACUUUGUGUACCGUUGCCACCUCAGCUGUGUUUAAUAAUUGGGUUUUUU